GGUCAAGAAUCCAAAGUACGAAGAUUGAAGAUAGCACUCGGAGGACUUGUUUACUUUUUCAAGUUGAUGAUUCUCACAACUUAAAAAAGUGGAAGACUUCUUGAUAGGAAAUAAUGCGUGGCUUGCCCACAUUUCUCAAUUAUUUACGAAGAACAGUCAAACCAGACCUGUUUAAUAAAAUAGAAAAAUAAGAGAAUAUUCCUCCAAAGAUGCUCCCUCUCCCUCCUAUAAAAGGAGGGGUGCCCCAAUGUGAAAGGGAGGCCAAAAAUCACUCCUUCCCUGCCCAAACUAGUUUCUCUUUCUAGAAAGUCUUUAGAGUAUAUUUUUCCUUCUUCUUCAAGAGCUUGUAGCUCCACCAUUAAUGGCUUCCGAGCCCAUUUCAUGUAUCGUCUACACACCCCCGAUAUUAAUAAAAAUCCCCCGUUGGCAAGAAAAUAUGCCCCCAGGGGGUGGAGGACUAUAAAAAGAGGGGAAACUGAGGGAUGAGAUUCAUGUGAGAAUUCAACAAUAGUCAGCUAAGGAUCGGUGAAGAAUGGAGACUCUAAGCUCGCCCUGGAAGACCCUAUUGCUCAUCGGAGCCAUCUCCGUGCUUCUCUUGCAGGUUGUGGCUGUUAAGAGUGUAGCACAGACUGAAGUUGACCCCAAGAUCCUUCAGGACAAAAUUGUUAAAACAGUUAAUGGAAACCCAAAAGCAGGAUGGAGAGCUGAUAUGAGUCCUUGGCUCUCAAACUUCACCGUUAACCAAUUUAAGCAUCUCCUUGGUGUAAAGAAGGCACCAAAGGCUUUAUUGAAGGGCAUUCCUGUGAUUAGUCACCCAAAAAAUUUAGAAUUACCCAAAAGUUUUGAUGCUCGGACAGCUUGGCCUCAGUGUAUCACUAUUGGACAAAUUCUUGAUCAGGGACACUGUGGUUCUUGUUGGGCAUUUGGGGCAGUUGAGUCUUUAAGUGACCGUUUCUGCAUUAAAUUUGGGACGAAUGUGACUCUAUCUGUCAAUGACCUCUUAGCUUGUUGUGGCCUUUUGUGCGGUGAUGGAUGUGAUGGUGGUUAUACCAUAUCAGCAUGGCAGUAUCUGGUGAGAAGUGGUGUCGUUACUUCCGAGUGUGACCCUUACUUUGAUCAAACUGGGUGUUCUCACCCUGGUUGUGAACCAGGAUAUCCCACUCCCAAAUGCCAGAAGAAAUGUGUGAAGGAGAAUCUACUUUGGUCGGAGUCCAAGCAUUUCAGUGUUAAUGCAUACCAAGUCAGUUCUGAUCCAUACAGUAUUAUGGCUGAAAUUUAUACUAAUGGGCCUGCUGAGGUCUCCUUUACUGUCUACGAGGAUUUUGCACAUUACAAAUCAGGAGUCUACAAACAUGUCACAGGCGAGGAAAUGGGAGGGCAUGCUGUUAAACUCAUAGGAUGGGGAACUUCCGAGGAUGGAGAAGACUAUUGGCUCCUUGCCAAUCAGUGGAACAGAAGUUGGGGUGAUGAUGGGUAUUUCAAGAUCCUUCGAGGAACGAAUGAGUGUGGCAUUGAAGAAGAUGUAACCGCAGGAUUGCCUUCUUCAAAGAACUUGGGCAUAGAAUCCAUUCCUGGGGAAGCGGCUUCUCUUGUUGCCUCAGUUUGAGUAAGGGUCAUCCUACCCCAUACUUGCUGCUGCCUUGUAAUUUAAUCCUUGCCCCAUUAAUCUUAAAGUUCAUUUGUGAAAUGGUUUCAGUCUCUCAGACAUGAUGCCUAUAUUUGUGUGUAUAGUUUAAAAACAAAUGUUGUAAUGUAACAUUUCCCCUUUCAAGUUUGUUACUCCUUUUGUUUCUUAUAGAUGUUCCACGGGUACUAUUCAUAAGUUCAAGUUUAACUCACUCUGUUCGCUUAUUUUUACUCCUCAUUUCAUAAAAUAAUACUCCCUCUGUCUUGAAAUGAAUACCACUGUCACUA